UAUCUGGUAAUAAGAUCGAGCUACUAACAGGAAGACGACAGAAGACAGAACCCCUUAGCUUGUUUUUACUAUUUCCAUAUAAAAAUGGGGGCUUGUCUGGCUUUGUGCUCUCUGGCCAGCUGCGCCUCAUGUCUGUGCGGCUCAGCACCAUGCCUGAUUUGUGGCUGCUGUCCCUCCUCCAAUAGCUCCACCAUCACACGGCUGGUUUUCUCCUUCUUUCUCCUGCUGGGGACCAUGGUGUCUGUCAUCAUGAUACUUCCUGGGAUGGAAACAGAACUCAAUAAAAUUCCAGGAUUUUGCAAAGGAGGAUCUUCGCUACAUGUUUUUGAAAACCAAGUGAAGUGUGAUGUCCUCGUGGGCUACAAGUCUGUGUACCGGAUGUGCUUUGCCAUGACCUGCUUCUUUUUUCUGUUCUGCGCAAUCAUGAUUGGUGUCCGUAGCAGCAAAGAUCCCCGUGCAAGUAUUCAAAAUGGAUUCUGGUUCUUUAAGUUCCUGAUCCUGAUUGGGAUCACAGUGGGAGCUUUUUAUAUCCCUGAUGGAACCUUUCAUACAGUGUGGUUCUACUUUGGAGUGGUAGGAUCCUUUAUCUUCAUUUUAAUUCAACUUAUCCUUCUCAUCGACUUCGCUCACUCCUGGAACAAGGUGUGGAUAGAAAACGCUGAAAAUAGUGACAACAAAUGCUGGUUUGCAGGCCUUUUGUCUUUCACCGUCCUCCAUUACGCCUUGGCUUUUACUGCUGUGGUGCUUUUCUACGUUUACUACACUCAACCAGAUGACUGCACAGAGCACAAAGUCUUCAUCAGCCUCAACCUUAUCUUCUGCAUCAUCAUCUCUGUUGUGUCCAUCCUACCCAAAAUACAGGAAGCCCAGCCACACUCAGGUUUGCUCCAGGCCUCACUCAUCUCCCUCUACACCAUGUAUGUUACCUGGUCUGCAAUGACCAACAAUCCAAAUCGGAAGUGUAACCCCAGCCUGUUGAGUCUGGUGUCAAACGUCAACAACACCGCCCUACCACCCGGUGAGAGCAGCACAGAGGGGGUGCAGUGGUGGGACGCUCAGGGCAUCGUCGGAUUGAUCAUCUUCCUCUUCUGUACUCUCUAUGCCAGUAUCCGCUCAUCUAGUAAUACCCAGGUAAACAAACUGAUGCAGACGGAGGAGGGUGGAGGCUCAGGUGGAGAGGGGGUGGUUGGAGAGGAUGGUAUACGCAGGGCAGUGGACAAUGAGGAGGAUGGUGUCACUUACAACUAUUCCUUCUUCCACUUCCACCUCUGUCUGGCAUCCUUGUACAUCAUGAUGACCCUCACCAACUGGUACCAACCAGACACCACCACCAAGGCCAUGCAGAGCAGUAUGCCUGCUGUGUGGGUGAAGAUGAGCUCCAGUUGGCUUGGCUUGGGGCUCUACCUCUGGACCCUCAUAGCCCCGCUCAUCUUUCCUGACAGAGAUUUCAGCUGAGCAAACUUCCUGGUUUAGCUCUUUGGGUUUGUUUGUUUUUUUGUUUGUUUUUUGUUUGUUUCUUGAACAGGAAAAUAGGGAGUCUGAAGGAUGCUAUGAAGGAUAUUAAACACUUACUAUAGCUGAUUUUUAAGAAUAUCUUUUCACUUCACUACUUUUGCUGUCAGUGUUCCAGUUGUACUCAGAAUGAUUAUUUAGUGUAUAGAGAUCACUUCAAGUUGAGUGUGUUUUUUAGCUAGCUUGAUUGACGAUAGUUUUGGUUGUGAGAAAAUGUUGUCUUUUGCCAAACACUCACUUUGAUACGCAGCCCCCUCCCUUCUGCCUGAUGUGGUUGUGGUAUGAUUGAAUGAGCUGUACUAUCUUUUUGCUGAAUAUUAGUUACUGGACUAUCACAUAGACUUGGCAACAAAGUACUGUCAAUACCUCAGACAUUUCACUUUAAGAUUCCCCUUUAAAGGCCUAUGCCAUCAGCCUUUGCUGAUUGGCCUAGUCUGGAGUCUCUAUGAUUACAGUAACUGGAAUGUUUUCGCUCUGGGGGUGACGGGGAACCCUUCUGAGGAGCCCCAAGUCUAGCUGAGUGCAUGAGUGAGAUAAGACUAAUAUGACACACCCUACAGAUAAGAACUGGGCUUCCCUUUUGCUGCUAGACUGGAUGCAAAUCCACGUCAUCACACUUUCAGUCCUCACAGAGCACGAGUCUAAUCUCAGCUCUUCCUCGUUCCUUCCUCCUCUGGUCAUUUAUCUGUGGUGCUAAGCCUCUCCAUCGUCUGAUGGGUAUUGGCCCUGUGCAGCCUCGGGCAACAAUCUGUAUCUGUAAAACAAGUCUGUUUGCAGCACAGAGACAUGUAUUGAUCCAUAGCAGUCAGCAUCAUGCGAUGUGCAGUGGUACGGCUCAAGAGGUGACCACCUGAGCUCUCACAAAAUGCCAUUAUGUCCAGAAUGUUUCAGAGUGUGGUUGUGAGUUAAGAAAAAGGGACUUUUAAUUGUUGCAGCUUCAAAAUAAUAACGAUGUGUUUCAGUGCUGAUUAAUUGCUGUUGUAUGGUAUUGACUUUCAUCGAAUGUUGAUGGUUGUAAUGCGGUACAGUCAUUUCAUACAUUAUAUAGAAGUUACCUCGAUUUCAAAAUGAGUGAAAUGAGAGUAUUUUGUAUCUGUGGAAAAAAAGUUUUUGGAAGUAUCGUAAAAAUCUUAACUUUUGUUUAAUAUUAUUUUUUAACAUUUCAAUUGUCACACAUGAAUCAAACACAAGUAUUUUUAAUGCACUACGUGUUGUGAUAAUUUAAGUCUUUUUACUUUUCUUCUAAUUGAAACAUGUAAUGUGUAUGCACAUUUGAUUACCAUCGCCCUACUAAUGAGAUUGUUUCUGUAGAAUUGACAUGUUAGUUCGUAACAUGUAACAUUUUCAAACACUAAAAAGUGCCUUUUUGUAGUCCUGGGUUUCAAUAUGAUUAUAUCACUAAUGCUGAUAUGUGCUUAUUAUGCCUUACAUAGUGGUGAGUGAUUUAUUGCAUGCCAUAUAACAAGGCACAGGCCUAUGACUGGAAUGAAUAUUGUAAUUUAUGUAUAAACACUGUUUUUAAUAAAGCUGGAAAUCUGUCACUCA